GAAGCAUCGUACUCAAUCAACUCAUCCAUCAUGUCUGGACGCGGCAAGGGCGGAAAGGAAAAGGCGAAGCCGAAGACGAGCUCCUCUCGUGCUGGGCUGCAGUUUCCCGUCAGCCGAAUCCGGCGGUUCCUUCGGAAGGGCAACUACGCCGAACGCAUCGGAGCUGGUGCCCCGGUGUAUCUGGCAGCCGUGCUGGAGUAUCUAGCUGCGGAAAUUUUGGAACUCGGAGGAAAUGCUGCUCGUGACAACAAACGGUCCCGGAUCAUUCCACGCCAUCUGCAGCUGGCAAUUCGAAAUGACGAGGAACUGAACCAGCUGCUUACCGGGGUGACCAUUUCCCAAGGAGGUGUGGUCCCGUUCAUCCACACCGUUUUGCUGCCAAAGAAAACCCAAGAGAAGAACAAGCAGGAGGAAUCGUCGACGAACAAUUAAUGCCUUGAAACGGAGUGACACACCU